CCCCUGUCAUAUCUGCCUGUGCACGGGGCACCCCACACCGUGCCCGUGGGCGUGGGCCAGAGGGCCUUGUCACCCAGGGACGGCCGAGCAGAGUGGAAAAGGCUGGGAGAGGCGGGUGCACAGGAGGAGCCGCCUCCCAGAGUGCCCCGGUCCCCUCCUGGGACUGGGCUGGUGGGGAAAGACCAGGCCUCUGUGAGUCCCUCCCGGGAGAGGUUUGCCCGCCUGCCUCAGGUCGAUGCUACCUUUUUCCCCCUGCCAGGGAGAAGCGCCGCGUCUCCAGACCCUUGUGUUCCCGCAUCACACUCCACCUGCUGGAGCUGCUGAGCAGGGAGGAGCCGUGCUGGGACCUGCCUGCCAUGGCAUUUCUUGUGGAGGUCCUGGACUGCCUGGACACCAGAGAAUGCGGUGACAGGGUCCUGGAGAUACUUUCAAGGAACUCGGGGAGCACCAACACAAAGCGGCGUCAACUGGCACUCCGAGUCCUCGUGGCAUUCAGCCAGGAUCCCGUGAUGGCCGAGAGCAUCUGGAGCCUGAAUGAAAGGCUCGUGCAGCUACUGGGGGAUGCAGACAGAGAUGUGGUUUGGAUGACCCUCUCUGUGUUCAAGAACAUGCUCUGGAGCAGUCUGUGGACACAGCGCCACAAGAGAGUCCGCAGCAAAGACUCCCUAAUAUCCACCCCCACCGGCCUGCAGUGGGCUGAGGCGCUCCAGCCACUCUUUGACCACGACGACAGCAGUGUGCGGGAGGCCUCCAUGGCCCUCUUCACUCGUGUGAUCAAACUGAUCGAGAGAGAGGGAAAGAGGCCCCUGAAGCCACUCGUGUGCCUGAGCCUGCUCCCGCUCUACUUCCACCGGCAUGAUGAGAAGGUGGUCGUGAAAAGGGCCUCUCGGAAAGCACUGCUGGAUGUGACCAGGUUCCUGAAGAGGAGGGAUCUUGGGCGCCUGGUGAACACAGAGGAGCCAUGGAGCUUUGGCAAGUGCCUGCUGAAAAAGGACCGGAGCCGAGUGGCCAAGUACAUGCACCAGGCCCUGCCGUACCUGCGGAGCCCACAGCAGCCCCUGCGAGAGGCAGCCAUCAAGUUCAUGGGGAUCGCCGGGGGGUACCUGAGGGGACAGCCCAAGGAGCUGCAGCUCAUCAUCGAUGCCCUUCAAGCCAUCCCAGAUGACAGGAGCCCCGCUGUCUCAAACCUGGCGCUUCAAAUCAUCAACUUUGUUACAAAUCUACAGACAGCUCCCUACCCCAGGUUCCAGCGGUUCCGAGACCGGCUCUGCAGGGCGUGGAAUACCCGGCCUUCUCUGUGGGGCUGAGUCUGCCUGUGCUGCUGCAGCUGUGUGCAGAGUUGAUGCAGGCAGCUCUGUCUGUUGGGGCACCUGAGCCUGUGGGGAAGACACCUCUUCUCUGCAAGCCCUUCCUUUUACCCCAGCGUAGGAAUAUUAAAUAAAUAUUGUCAUA